CCAGUGCGAUUCCACGGCGGACCCGAGGGCCGUCCCUCCGCCCCUCUCCGGGCCCAGAGGGUCUCCGGGAAGAAGAGAUCGCAGCCCGCGUCGCCCCGCUCUCCCCACCUCCCGCCGGGGCGGAGCCGCCCGGAGCCGCGCGGCGCCCCGGAGGCUUCUGGGAGUGAGUGCGCAGUGCGCAGGCGCGCGUCAGCGUUCGCGGCUGAACGCGCCUCCCGGUCCUGCUGGUUCCGGAGCGGGACACCCAGCGCCCAGGCCUGGAGGACACCGUCUGCUGGAGCAGGACGCGCUUCUCCGCUCGGCGGCCGAUGAGAAGCCGGAGGCCGGGCAGGACGCCGCCCCGGAGCCGCCCGCUCCGCCCGGGCCAUGUUCCUCUCCGCCUCGGUGGCCGGCCCGGCGGAAGGCACGCUCCCCCGAGCCCUGCGGCCCAUCGCGCCCAACGAUGGGUCCCGGGCAGCCGGCCGCGGGCGCCUGGACGUGGCCGCGGCGGACAGGGCGCUGGGGUCCCCGGGCCUCCUGCUGCUGGCCACCGGCCUGUGGGUGCAGGUGCCCGUCCCCGUCGUCUGUGAGACCCGGCCUACGCUGCAGGACACCCCUCCGCCCGGCCUCGCCCGAGCUCCCGGCACGCCCGCGCCCGCUCAGGACACAGCCCCGCCGGCCCCGCGCGCCGCCCCGCCCCCCGUGAGGGCCCUCGUGGUGGAGGGGAGGAGGACGCCCGUCCUGCGGCUGAAGCCCAAGCCCCGGGCGGUGACGUUUGGGGAUGUGGCCAUCUACUUCUCCCCGGAGGAGUGGGCGCAGCUGAGCCCCCCGCAGAGGGCGCUGUACCGGGACGUCAUGCUGGAGACCUACCACACGCUGGCCUCGCUGGGCCUGACCGGCCGGAAGCCAGACGUGAUCGCCCUGUUGGAGAAGGGGAGAGCGCCCUGGACGGUGGGAAGGCACCGCGGCCUGGACUCAGGGUCUAAAUGUGAGACCAAGAAGUUACCUCCAGAUCAUUGCAACAAACGUGGGCAGAGCAUCUCUCAGAAGCCAGUGUCUGCAUCCCGCGUAGGCCCCACCGGGAGGAGAAAUUCAGCCCUACAGAAACCCAAGAAGGCACAUCCAGGGAGGAAGCCUUUCAAAUGUAACGACUGUGGGAAAACCUUCCGCCAAAGCCGCUCUCUCACACUUCACCGGAGCUCCCACACCCAAGAGAAACCGUACGAGUGCAGCCGAUGCGGAAAAGCCUUCAGACGGGCCCCGUCCCUGCUCCUCCAUCAGAGAGUUCGCCACGCCACGAAGGGCCACCAGUGCGGUCAGUGCGGGCAGAGCUUCCCGCAGCGGGCGACCCUCCUCCUCCACCAGAAGAGUCACGGUGGGAAGGGAACCUCUGGCCCUGGGGAGGCCUCGAGCCCGCGUCCGGCCCUGAGGACACGUCAGAAAACCCUCCUCAAGGAAAACGCCCGCCCGGGCAGAGAACGCGGGAAACCCUUCCUCCGAAGGCCGUCCCUCCCACGUCACGGCAAAACCCACGACGGAGAGAAAACCCACGAGGGCAGUCAGUGUGGGGGAGGCCCCCGUGAGAAACCCGUCCUCGUUCUACGUACGAGAAUUCAUACUGGAGAGAAAGCUAAGGAGGGGGAGGCGGCCUCGAGUCAGCCGAGCGGCCCCCGUCUAGAGAAUCCUUACAAAUGCAGGAAAUGCGGGAGGCCCUUUAACAGGAUCUCCUCCAUCGUGCUUCACCAGAGAGUCCACGCUUCCGAGAAGCCCUACCGGUGCGACAAGUGCCAGGGGGUCUUCCCGCGGCUCCCGACCCUCAUCCUGCACCUGAAGACCCACCGCAGGAAGGAGCUGUCCAGGCGCCGCACGUGCCUCCUCCGGCACCGGAAGGCCCUCGCGAGGAAGGAGAAGCUCUUUGGGUGCGAGGAGUGCGGGAAGACCUUCUCCGAGGCCUCCAGCCUCAAGGUCCACCAGAACGUCCACUCCCAGAAGAAGCCUUUCAAGUGCGGCAGGUGCGGCAAGGCGUUCGGCCGCCAGUCCUUCCUCGUCGAGCACCAGAGGAUCCACACGGGGGAGAAGCCGUACCACUGCGAGGAGUGCGGCAAGGCCUUCAGCCACCGCAUCUCCCUCACCCGGCACAGGAGGAUCCACACCGAGGACAGGCCCUACGAGUGCGACCAGUGCGGCAAGGCCUUCAGCCAGAGCGCGCACCUCGCCCAGCACGAGAGGAUCCACACGGGGGAGAAGCCGUACCGGUGCCAGGCCUGCGGCAAGGCCUUCAGCCAGCGCACGUCCCUCGUCCUGCACGAGCGGAGCCACACCGGGGAGAAGCCUUACGAGUGCGGCGCCUGCGGGAAGGCCUUCAGCAGCGGCUCGGACCUCAUCCGGCACCAGCGGAGCCACUCCUCGGAGAAGCCCUACGAGUGCAGCGCGUGCGGGAAGGCCUACAGCCGGAGCUCCUCCCUGGUCCGACACCAGAACACGCACUCGGAAGGGAAAGCCUGAGGGCGCCCCCGAAGCACAGGCCGAGUCUCAACGGAGCAGAUACAGAGGCAGCGGGGAGGCGGGGGGGGGAUGCAUUCGUCUCUAACAUACGUUACGUGAACAUGGGGCCGUCGGAUGAUGCUCCCCCCUUUGAAAGCCAAAGUCAAAAGUCCUUGAUGGCUUUGACCGGAGUGACUGAAAUCAGCUGAGGCAGUGACCUCGUGGUAGGUCUCAGUGAAGCUCAGCUGGUUGGAUUGGUCAUUUUUCAUAAAGACAAUUCUUCGUUUGAUGAGAAUCACUGAUAUUUUAUUUCCAGUGUAGUUUUCCUUUUUAUGUUUUGGGGGUUUUUGUGUGUGUGUGUGUGUGUGUGGUUUUUUUUAAAUAUAUUUUUAUUCACUUCAGAGAGGAAGGGAG